CAGUUGCUCGGUCCUGUAUGAAAAAUAAUGCACGGAGGGGCACAAUACGUCUUCCUCCGCUAGUAAUAGUAGGAAGUCGCUAUAUGACAUAUACUUUGUUGUUAACAAAAACACAUUCUUAUUACUCAUAAGGCGUUAAUAUAGUGCCUGCUGAACUAUAUUGAUAUGGAAGAAAUAAAAUAAGUCAUGCCCUUAAUUUUAAACAGUGACAGGGUAUGUACAACCUUGAAUAAAGACAAUUUACAUGGCAAAUUUAAAAUGGAAAAAGUAAACAUUUUAGGAAUUUAAUUCUAGAGUCAGAGAAAUUUUAGUGAAACAUUUAUUUGUUAAUUAUAUUUCUUUCACGUUUUUUUGAUCGAUAAGUGAAAUAAAAUGAUUGAUUAUUUCAGACCUACAAAUGUUAUCCUGUAAUGGUAUACAAUUUGCAAUAUUUCAAAAUUUGUGAUAUUAUCGCAUGUUUUAUUUAUUAUUUCAGAUAUCCGGUGUGUAUCAUCAUCAUAUUUAAACUGCAAAUUUAUUUAAUUGGUCGAUACUUCAUCCAGCCAAAAAUAAAUGUUGAGGACAAAUAUAGACCCCUAGCUGUAGAUAACAGGAAUGCUUACGACGUUGUCAACUUUUUCGCUAUUUUCCUUAACGCUAGCAUCGGACUCUUUACUUUCCUCAAGCGUAUUUUACUUGGUGCAUUUUUGGGUGUAUUUAUGAUACCAAGAAUGGACCGAAGUUUGCUAAUGCGAGGUUAUGAAGCCAUGGAUAAAUGCUAUGUAAACUAUAUUGGGAUGAUAAUGGUCGACGUGGCCCACAAUCAUCCUGUAAUGCGCGUGUUUUGUUACCUUCUGAAAAAUGCUGUGGAAAAUAGAAGAGAUGUGAAACCUUUGAGAUCUGCUGCAGAGAACGCUAUAUAUUGCAAUUUAACUAUCCCAGAUCACAUUCCAUCUGAAACAGGAAACAGCCUUUCCAAGAAGAGAUGGUUGCUUGCCUUUACAUUAAUUCGAAAUCCUUCACUAGUGGCUCUGCGUGUCCGUGAAUGUAAAAGUAAAUCUCGGGACAAAACGGCGUUAAGUCUGACGGACAUUCAAUGUGUAAAUAGCACAGCUACUGAUUAUCCGGAUAAUUCGACAGACGCUUCGGGAUCUUCCAUCAGUUGCUGCGGAAAGUUUAAGUUUGAGAUUCCUUCAACUCUUCUCAUCAAUCUGAUGGCUUUGAUUGUGCUAAUAUCGAUGCUCGUCAUUUAUGCUGGGCUUCCAGUUUUGAUAAAUGAUUUGAUAAAGACAGCAAAAAUUCUUGCUACGGCAACAUAACGUUUUGGAAUGUUGAUGUGCCAACAUAAAUUACGUUAUUGCGGUUGCAACAUAACUUACUUUAUAUAUUGCUCUUUCAACCUAACUUAUUUUAUAUAUUGCUGUUUCAACAUAACUUAUUCUGUAUCUCAAGUUCUGAAAGAUGAAGACCAGUCUGAAGUUUCCAGCAUUUGAUUGGUUACUUCUGAUAACUAAUUUCAAUUUGGAUUUUAGCCAAUUACAGACAUUCAUUGUUAGACUGGUCUGAAAUUCUGUUUUCAUCUUUUUUGAACUAGAUUUUCUUGUUAUACAUUAUAAUCAAAGGUUUUUACCACACUAAAUAAUUAGAAUGAUUUAUAAUUGAUAGAAUUAUCACACUUUAUUAGAGUAUUUUUUGAUGAAUUAACAUUAUAAAGCAUAUAAUAUUUGAAUUUACAUGUCAGAGUUGUCAAUUCAUUGUAACAUGUGAAAACCGAACACCUCAGAGAGUAGCCAAAAAGUUCUUUUUGAAAGUUUCCGGAGUUCAGAAGUGAAGAAAUAUAUGAACAAGUACGCACAGGAAACAACAGAUGCUUUGUAAGACAUGACAAAAAAUAUAUGAAGCUGAUAAAAUUAACAAAAUGGUAGAAUUUUUAGGAUUAUUAAAAACUUUAUUAAAUUUUAUUAUCACGAAUACUGACUUGAUUGAUACAAUAGAAGUUAAUUAUCACAAUUUAUUUUCAACAUGUUUAGUAUACUACGAGCUAUUUACCUUUAAUCUUUUUUUCUUCACAAUAUACUCCUCACUUCGUAAAUUGCAUUUUAAAAUCAAGGGUUUGACAUGCUUAGUAGGUUGUGAUUACAUUAGGUGUCAAAAUAAAUGGUCAAUACUAAUUGGAAGAUACUGACAUUUUGCAGGUUUUAUAAUCUUCAAGUACAAUAAUCACAUUCUUUUCAAUUUCCGGAUUUUAGAAAUAAAUUUGAUUUGAUAGAACCUAAUUCUUUUCCUGAAAAUAAUUAGGAAUUCAGAAUUUAGAAGUUCCGGAAUUCAGACGCAUCAAAUAUAUAGAAAACAAAAGGAUAAAUUUUGGAAUCCGUGCAUUGUCUGUCUUUCAAUCUGGACACAACCAUUCAUCAUUUUGAGGGUAAAUUUUAAAAUAUGUUUGGACUAAAUAGCAAUCUAAUUAAAAACAGCUCUAAAUAGCGCUACACAUCUACAUGUAAGAACUAAGUAGAUCUGAACUUUUGUCAGAUAGGACUGAAACGCAUGCGUUGUUGACGAUGGCACAGAAUCGCUGUCUGAUCUUGAUUCUGCACUUGUGGCAUAGGUAGAAUUUGUUGUCACAAGCAGAAUAUAAGUUAAAUAUGUGUUAUGUAAAGACAUAUGUUAUGGUUACACAUCAUUGUAGACUAGUGAAUUCAUUUGAAUGUCAUUGCUUUGUCAAGUGAAAUGUGAAUUACAAUUUUAAUAAACAAUAUAAAUAUA